CUCCUCCUCAACCUGAGAGAGAAGCAACAGGAGCUCUGCUCUGCUCGACUACUUCUACUACUGAAGCUAAACUCUAGCUUUUACCUGAGACACGAGACGAGAACCGAACUGAAAAAGUACCGAGCAGGACUGAACUGAGCUUUUACGCUGAGCUGAACGGACGAAGAAAUACUAGAACAGAGACCCUACGAAGGAAAGGAAAGGAAAGAACAAACGAGAUCGACUUGAUCAGAAGACAGACAAUUUGAAGACACUGCUCUCAAGAGAAUAAGGAAGAUUUUGAAGACCUGAAAUUAUUUUGUUAUUACUGACGAAGAAAGAACCAACAUGUCUACUGGAAUGACCAUCCUGACAUCCCUCCUUUGCCUCACUCUCCUGCAUGUGGCUCUUGCCCAGGAGUGCAGUGGCCAGUGCAGCUGCCCCGAGGUGCCGCCUCAGUGUGCCCCCGGGGUCAGUCUGGUGUUGGACGCCUGCGGCUGCUGCCGAGUGUGUGCCAAGCAGCUUGGUGAGCUGUGCACGGAAAGGGACAUCUGCGAUCCACACAGGGGCCUCUACUGUGACUACGGAUCCCCUAGCAACCGUCGCAUUGGCGUCUGCACAGCUAGGGACGGUGCCACCUGCGUGUUUGGAAGCAUGGUCUACCGAAGCGGCGAGUCCUUCCAGAGCAGCUGCAAGUACCAGUGCACUUGCCUAGAUGGCGCUGUGGGCUGCGUGCCUCUGUGCGGCAUGGAUGUCCGCCUGCCUAGUCCCGACUGUCCAAUGCCCCGCCGGGUUAAGGUGCCUGGGAAGUGCUGCGAGGAGUGGGUGUGUGACUCCCCUCACCAGCAGACCUUUGUUGGACCUGUUCUGGCAGCUUACAGAGAGGAGGAGACCUACGGGCCUGAUCCCGCUCUGAUGAGAGAGAACUGCCUGGUCCAGACCACCGAGUGGAGCGCCUGCUCCAAGACCUGUGGCCUGGGCAUCUCAACCCGGGUUACCAACGACAACCGCGAGUGCCGCCUUGAGAAGCAGACCCGCCUCUGCAUGGUUCGCCCCUGCGAGUCCCACCUAGAGGAGAGAAUCAGGAAGGGGAAGAAGUGCAUUCGCACGCCCCGUGUCUCCAAGCCCAUGAAGUUCGAGAUCUCCGGCUGCACCACCACCAAGUCUUACCGGCCCAAGUUCUGCGGCGUGUGCACUGAUGGUCGCUGCUGCACCCCACACAGAACCACCACCCUGCCCAUGGAGUUCAAGUGCCCCGACGGUCAGGUCAUGAAGAAGCAGAUGAUGUUCAUCAAGACCUGCGCCUGCCACUACAACUGCCCCAGCGAGAACGACAUCUUUGAGUCCACAUACUACAAGAAGAUGCUUGGUGACAUGGCAUAAGUGAUGGAGAUCCAGAGAUGAAAGAAAGGAUGAACGCCACAACAAAGUCUCUGAAAAGACUGAAAGAAAGAAUGAAGGAGAAAAACUCCAUCCAUCCAUUGACUGUUCACUUGAAUCCAACAGAUAUCCAUCUCAUCUUGCAGCACAAUAUCUGUUUGUCAUGUUUCGUUUGUUUUGUUUUGUUUUUUUCCAUGUUUGUGCAUUUGCAAUUUUUUGUAUCUUUUUACAAGGAGACAAAAUCUAUAUAGGUAUAUUCAGUUUCUAUAUGUACAAUUGUAUUGAUGGAUGCCUGGGGCUACUAGCCUGACAAAACAGAUGCCCCUAAAAAGGGUUCAAAAGACAGAGGGCUGCCCUGUAGCCCUCAAAAAAACAAAUACUGCACUAUAGUCCUACUAUGUGGCAAUGUGUCUUGUCACUAAUUGGCAUCAUGCCAGUCCCCCCAAACUGUGGUGGUGGGCACCCGACUAACUUGGCAGACUUGCAACCUCUGAGCACUUGUGGUAGCAUGAAGGUGAGAGAA